AGUCUUUAACAUUUGAGAGGUUCAAUGUCUUUUCACAGACUCUCUUUUGUCCCUUUGUCAACUUGUCCUUAGAAAGGGCUUAAAAAGCCUAUCUAUUUCCCUCCUCCCUUCUUCUACUUCCUCUUCUCUUCACAUUCAUUUAAGGCCUUCUUAAGAAGGGAAGGGAAGGACGGUGCGCUCUGAAGCUGGGUGCGCUCUGCAUUUCUGUUCCCAUGGCUUGCAAAAUUGCAGAUUCUAUGUUCCUUUGCUUGGGUCCUUGUCAAAGGCCAAUUAGGAGUCAAAGAAUUGCUACCCAUUCUUCUCCAGCAAGUAUCUGUCAUUUGAAGUGGGACAGCCUUCUACUCAAGGGAAUUAGUAAUAAAAAGGAUUUAAUUCCCAUGAAAAGGACUAAAGUCAUUCAAGCUGUGGCAGUUCCGGUAACACCAUCUUCAGCAGACAGUGCUGAGUACAGAAAACAGUUAGCAGAGAGAUAUGGCUUCAGGCAAAUUGGAGAGCCACUUCUUGAUAAUGUUACAUUAAAGGAUGUACUAGACACCCUUCCAAAAAAGGUGUUUGAGAUUGAUGAUGUGAAAGCAUGGACAUCAGUUUUAAUAUCUGUCACUUCCUAUGCAUUGGGGAUCUUCAUGAUUUCAAAAGCCCCAUGGUAUCUACUUCCUUUGGCUUGGGCAUGGACAGGGACAGCAAUAACUGGGUUUUUUGUUAUAGGCCAUGAUUGUGCUCACAAAUCAUUCUCCAAAAACAAAUUAUUGGAAGACUUUGUGGGAACCCUGGCCUUUCUGCCACUAAUAUACCCAUAUGAGCCAUGGCGGUUUAAGCAUGAUCGGCAUCAUGCAAAGACAAACAUGCUAUCUGAAGACACUGCUUGGCACCCAGUUUGGGAGGAAGAGUUUGAGACUUCUCCUUUUUUACGCAAGGCAAUUAUCUUUGGAUAUGGCCCAUUUCGGCCUUGGAUGUCCAUAGCUCACUGGUUGAUCUGGCACUUUGAUUUGAACAAGUUCAGACCAAACGAAGUCAAAAGGGUGAAGACCAGUUUGGCUUGUGUUUUUGCAUUUAUGGCAAUUGGAUGGCCGUUGAUCAUCUACAAGACAGGAAUCAUAGGAUGGAUUAAUUUUUGGCUAAUGCCGUGGCUGGGCUAUCACUUUUGGAUGAGUACUUUCACAAUGGUGCAUCACACUGCUCCUCAUAUACCCUUCAAAUCUUCAGAUGAAUGGAAUGCAGCUCAGGCUCAGCUGAAUGGAACAGUGCAUUGUGAUUACCCUCGUUGGAUUGAGAUCCUCUGCCAUGAUAUCAAUGUCCACAUUCCCCAUCAUGUUUCUUCAAGGAUACCAAGCUAUAAUCUACGAGCAGCCCAUAAGUCUAUUCAAGAGAACUGGGGACCGUAUCUGAAUGAGGCUACAUGGAAUUGGCGUCUGAUGAAGACAAUAAUGACAGUCUGCCAUGUUUACCAUAAGGAGCAAAAUUACAUUGCUUUUGACGAACUUGCCCCUCAAGAAUCUUCACCAAUUACAUUUCUCAAAAGAAUAAUGCCUGAUUAUGCUUGAUUUUUUUCAAAACCUCGGGGUCCAUUGCUUUUUGGUUCUUCCUUAUCUGUUAGCCUCCUCUUUUUGAGGUCAAAUUAGGUAUGCUUUUCCAGUUACACAACUGUUCAUUCCUAUGUUGAGUCAUUCAUUUUUAACAUUUCCUAUUUAAUAGAAGAAAGUAUUAUAGAUGAAGUUCCCGGGAAA